UAAAUGGGCAAAUCAAGAUGGCGUGCCCUGAUGAAGCAGGAAAUACAUUUGGGUCUGAAUAAAACUUCUUACCGAUUACACUCGAAAAGGAGGUGUCUUCUUGAAGAGAACUGACAAGACUAUUGGGAGUAUCAAGACGGAGCAGAUAUCGAUUCUCUAAAUGGCUGCGAGGAAGUCUGGAACAGAUACCUACAACACCGGCCCCGUCAGCUACCUUGAUGAUGUUCCAUUCAGGCUCAAUGACAAGUUCCGCUGUCCAGCCAAAGUGGGCCUUCCCAUCGGAUUCUGUCUGCCUGACUGCGGCACGGUCAUGGCGGACAUGCAGUAUGACUUUUCGCUGGAGAGGCGGACUGUGCGCUGGGGGGAGGAGCUUGCCCACGCCCGCGCUGCAGAGGCGGAGGCAGCAGAAGCGGCGGCGGCAGCUGCUACCAACGGCCAAUCCGAGCAGGAGGCCCAGGCCAAUUCCGUUCAGGACUCUGACGGUGGAUUGGCCGGUGGCAAGCGGGCCCGCCCCUCCGAUGAGCAUGAGCUGCCUCCCCCGGCACUGAACCCCGUCCUGGCGGGCCUGAGCCACAACGCCAUCCUCACCCCGCUGCCAGCCCCCAGCAUAGGCGCGCCCAACGCCUCCAGCCAGCCGCCCCACCCCUCCCAUGGCCUCAACCUGGCCGACUUUGAGCGCGAGGAGGACCCCUUCGACAAGCUGGAGCUCAAGACGCUGGACGACAAGGAGGAGCUGAGGAGCAUCCUACAAGCCCAGCCUCAGUCUGAGCCCCCUGCACCCGCCCCGGCUCCUGCCCCUGCCCCUGCCCCGUCCCCCGCCCCCACCCCGGACCCGCGCCGCAGCUGCACACCACCCCUGCAGUCCAAAGCGGGCCUGUACCACAAGCCCAACGGCCUGGUGGCGCUGCUGGACCUGGAGCGGGUGGCGGCUGGGGGUGUCAGCGGGUUUAGCCACAUGGACCCCGACCGGCCAUGCAAUAUCCGCUCGCUCACCUUCCCCAAGCUCUCCGACCCGGGCGACUCCCCCGCGGACGCUAGCCCCUUCCACAGUGGCUACAUGUCAGGCCCUCCGCGCCCUGGCGUAACCAAUGGCAACCCCCCCACCCUGCAGAGGACUGUCCCAUCAUCCCACUCCCACAACACCCUCCCACAGGAGCCGCUCACGUACAUGCACACGCACACGCAGAACAAUGGCACGCCCAAGCAGUGUGUCCCCGUGUCUAGACCGGCCCCAGGGUCACUGCCGUGCGGGGGAGCCCUGCUGAGCCUGUCCCCUGCCGAGCGCCAGUGUGUGGAGACCAUCGUGAGCAUGGGCUACUCCUACGAGGGCGUCAUCAAAGCCAUGCAGAGACAGGGACAGAACGUGGAGCAGGUGCUGGAUUACUUGUUCAUCCAUACCCGUCUGUGUGAGCGAGGCUUUGAUGCCAGCGCAGUUGAAGAGUGUCUAGAAAUGUACCAGUGUUCAGAGGAGAAGGCCCUGGAGUUCCUCCAGCUCAUGUCUCGGUUUGGGGAGAUGGGCUUUGAGCGGGACACCAUCAAAGAGGUGCUGCUGGUGCACAACAACGACCAGGACAAAGCCCUGGAGGACCUGAUGGCCCGUGCUGCUACAGCCAGCUGAGCCCCCCGCACCCCGCCUGUUUCCCAGCAUGCCCGGAUCCGCCAUGUUGCAAGGCUGCCACCCACAGAGAUGGAGAAAGGGAGAGGAAAGAAAGAGGGGUGGCAGGGUGACAAGGGCUGUGGGCUGAGCCUUUUGAUAUUUAGUUCUGUUGGAGAGAAGACAACAUUUUUUUCCAAAUGACCCCUCCCCUCCCUCCCCAUGACCCCCCCCCCGGCUCUGUACGGAUGGAGCGCUGCUGCGGGGUUGGGCCUGUCUGUGGACCUUGUCCUCGCCUGCCAGAUCUCUGCUGAGAGGAAGGAGGGGAGGGAAGCGGAGGGAAAGCAUCCCGCUCGUUUGUUUCUUGUCUCUUGUCUGUGUCUCUCGUCUGUCUGCCGUGAACCAGCGGGGAAGGGCAGGUGGCUCUGCGGACGCUGGGUGGCGCUGUUACGGUGGUGGGAGGAGGAAGGGUGAGGGGACACCUUCACUGGAGAUACAGACUCUGAGGUGGAUCUUCUCCGCUAACGAUGCUGCCAUCCCCUGCUGCUGCUGCUGCUGGUUCAAUGGCGUUCUGCUACCCAGACUGGAACACAAAACACACACACACACACACACACACACAUACAUACAUACAUACAUACAUACAUACAUGCAUACAUAUACCUAUUUACACACUCUUGUGAGAUAACACAACAAACUUAGACAAGUUUAAAAGAAGUGUCCUUUCUGUUUUCUGCAACUGGCGGUUGGUUCACCUUUCACAGCUCCAAGCUGUUUUUGUUUUGGGUGGUUGCUUCAUUUUCAUUUGUUAAUGUUUUUUCCACAAAACAGAUAACUUAUUUUAGCAGUCCUAUGGAGGAUCUUCAUUGCUCUCUGUUCAUAGGGAGACACCUAAUGAAUCUUACACCUGUGAUGCGAGACGGCAGAUUUAGCAUUUUACUAGUGCCCUCUAUUGGCUGUUGCAUUGGAAUGAACUGCAGAAGGCCAGAGGAACUUGGAUUGACUGAGGUGUUUGUUGGACGCCUCCUUGAAUAGUAUCAGUAUCGGCACACCCAGGCAUUUAGACGCCCUUUUGUGAAUUCAGCACGGACAGAUAAACACACACAUACACUUUGAGUCACAAAAUGUUUAUGUUUAUUUAAAAGUAUGUAAAAAGAAGUACACUGACACUUUAAUAAAGAAGAAGGCGUGAACGGAAAAAAGUGAUUGGGUAUGGGUAUUUGUUUUCAUGUUUUGUUAUUUGUUUGUUUUGGAAGGAAGGUGUUCCACCUUGUGACUGGAUUUAUGAUGUGAGAAAACUGGAUUUUUUUUUUUUUUUGAUAGACUAAAGGUAUUAUGAUGGGGAGAGAGGGGAUGGUACAAUUUUGCAGAGUAGCCUAAUGUUUGGAUUCUAAAAUGUCACAAGCGUUAUCAACCAUUCAUUCUCCUUGGUCCUCUGGCCAGUAUCUUGCAAUGCCGAUGGUCAAAAAAGCUGCCAAAAUCUACCACCAGUUGAAUUUGCAGUGUAAUGUUCUCAAUGACAGAAGGUGUAAUCUGAUGCUGUCAUUUACUUCUGUACUUCAAGUGAUCUGUGGUUGUUAUGGUGUUUAGGAAGCUUGAUAGACUUCAUCACAGAUGUUGGUUUGUUAUGUUUUCUUAGCCCAUUUCCUAACCACAUCCCCAAAAAAUGGCAUGAGAUGUUCCAAAGUGCAUUUGUUCUGAGUGACCGUCAUUGCGAUUGAGUUGAACGCCACACCUGUCUUCCCUGCUUCAGCUUCCUGACAUAUCAGACUGCUCCCUGCCACACCUCUGACUCCACCUCAUAAUUCGCUAUACAUCUUACUCACUCCCAAACCCAAGACACCAAUAGGCUGCAUCUCAGUCCUGUUGUACACAUAGCUGGUGCAGCUGGUUUGACAGCCACACCGCUCUAUACACAACUCUGAUUCAUAGUAUGUACUUCAGACUUGAUUUAUUUUUUACAUACAUACUUAAAAGAGCAGUAUAUUGUAACAACAGAACUGUCAAUGAAUGGCCUCCACAGAUUAACCCCUUUUCAUCUUUGUGUCUCUCAAUAUUUUUCUGUCCGAUUUUUUUAUUUUUUUUGGUUCCGAUCUUAUACCUGAACAGAGACUAACACAAUGAAAUUGUUUCUUCUUUGUGAUGCUGUGUUUGAGAGACUGGAGAGUUGACAUGUUAACAGGUGUGUGCCCACUGAAAGUAAAGCACUUCCUCAUUGACAACAAUGUAAUAGGACCAAACCAGAUCUUACAAUAGCUGUGAUCAUAGCAUUGGGAAAUCAAACACUUUAGUGUUACACUCCUUUCUAAAAGAACCAUGCUAAUUUUCUUUUUCUUCCAGACAAUAAAAUGAUAAUGGACAUGUUGUGUGUACUUUACAGUAGAGUGCCAGAAAGGACCCGAAACUUAGAGACUCAUUUAGCAGACUGGGUGUAGUGUUGAAAGUUCUGUAGUGUAGAGUGAGGUGAUGGGGUAAAACAGGAUGUGCCAUUGUAUUAUGUGAUCUUUGAAUUGUGCUGUUAUAUUUACCCAAACUCUGACAAACUUGUCGGUGAAUUAUCAUUUAGGUCUCCCUGUGUCUCCCUUCUCACAACCCCAGAAAAAAGACAACAAAGGUAACUUCCCAGCAGUGCAAAAUUUAUCCAUUUUAAAAAUAGUAACAAUGUAUUGCUAAGCCAGGUGUAGUGGUGCACCUGUUUGUGUGUGUUUGAUGUCUCACCAUUUUCCACAACCCUGCAUUUUCUGUUCCCUGCGGUCCGCUGUUGGCACACAAUUCCCAUCUUCCAUCAUGCCUUUGGCUGGUGUCACAAACCGAGUCCUGCCAGCAGGUCACUGCUUCGGAUAACUAUUAGUGUAUUUUUUAAAAACAGUAUGUCAGAACCCUGGUCUUUUUUGUAAUAAGAUGCUGAUUUGUGGUUGGAGGUGGCAUGGUGAACAGGGUGCUUAUUCAUCUAAAGCCGGUGUUACUGUCCUCAGCAGAAGCUACUGGAUAAACUAACCAUAGACAGCACAGCUUCUCUGGAGGAAUUGCAAGGCUUUGUGGGAGUGCAUUGCCGGCCUAUUUUAUAUGUAUAACCUACUCAAUAUCAUCAGUCUGAAGCAAGGACUCUUGUGUCAUAUGUACACUUUAGUAAGUAUGUGUGUGUGUGUGUGUGUGUGUGUGAGUGUGAUUAACACAGCAGUGUAUGGUUACUGGUCACUGGAGUGAGUGUGUGUGUGUUAUAUCAGAGUUGUCUUAAUAAUGAUUGGGGUGGGUUUAUGGGUGGGCGGGGCAAGGCCCUGUUUAUCCUGAAAUGUGAUUCAAAUGUUCAGUUGUCUUCUGAAUCAUUGAACAAGUUCACCCUGAUUAAAGCUAUAUUACUUUUCA